AUGACCCCUCUCUUACCCUCUUUCUCCCUCACCGACCUAGCCUCCUACCUUGUAUGCUUCAUCCUCCUCCUCAUUCUCUUCGAACAGAUCUCGUACCUUGUCAAGAAGGGUUCCAUCCCAGGACCCUCCUUCGUGGUGCCCUUCCUAGGCAACGCUAUUCCAUUGGUCCGCAGCCCAACCCUCUUCUGGGACCUUCAAGCCUCUUUGGCCAAGUCUACCCCUUUAGGCUUCUGCGCAAACUACAUCCUCGGCAACUUCAUCGUCUUCAUAAGAGACACCGAACUCUCCCACAAGGUCUUUGCCAAUGUCAGACCCAACGCUUUCCACCUGGUGGGUCACCCCUUCGGCAAGAAGCUCUUCGGCGAGCACAACCUCAUCUACAUGAUGGGCCAAGACCACAAGAAUCUCCGCCGUCGCAUCGCCCCCAACUUCACCCCCAAAGCUCUCUCCACCUAUACCGCGCUCCAGCAGAUUAUCAUCCUCGAUCACCUCAAGUCCUGGGUCGCCAAAGCACAAGCCCAAACCAAUUCCAUUCCGCUCCGUAUCCUGACCCGUGACAUGAACCUCGAGACCUCACAGACUGUCUUCGUGGGCCCCUACUUGGGCCUCAAAGCCCGAGAGCGUUUCGAGAGGGAUUACUUUUUAUUCAACGUUGGCCUCAUGAAGCUUCCGUUUGAUUUCCCCGGCACCGCGUUUCGAAACGCGAGGCUCGCAGUGGACCGGCUCGUCGAAACCCUAGCCACCUGCACUGAGAUGAGCAAAACCAGGAUGAAGAAAGGGGAAGAGCCUUCGUGCUUAAUUGAUUACUGGAUGCAGGAAACGCUAAGGGAAAUCGAGGAGACCAAGCUCACCGGAGAGCCGGCCGCGCCGUUCUCCACCGACGCCGAGAUCGGUGGUUACCUCUUUGAUUUUCUCUUUGCGGCGCAGGACGCGUCGACGUCGUCGCUGCUGUGGGCAGUGGCGCUACUGGACUCACACCCGGAAGUGCUGGCGAAGGUUAGGGCAGAAGUCGCUGGAACCUGGUCGCCGGAGUCGGACGAGUUGAUUACUGCAGAGAUGCUCCGGGAGAUGAAGUACACGCAGGCGGUGGCUCGUGAGGUGGUGAGGCUCCGACCGCCAGCGACGUUGGUGCCGCACAUCGCGGCAGAGAGGUUCAAACUGACGGAGUCGUACACAAUACCGAAGGGGGCGAUCGUGUUCCCGUCGGCGUUCGAGUCGUCGUUUCAGGGGUUCACCGAACCGGAGCGGUUCGACCCGGAGCGGUUUUCAGAAGAGAGACAAGAGGACCAAAUAUUUAAAAGAAACUUUCUGGCCUUCGGGGCUGGGCCCCACCAGUGUGUGGGUCAAAGGUACGCACUGAAUCAUCUUGUUCUCUUCAUCGCGUUGUUCGCCACGUUGAUCGAUUUCAAGAGGGAUAGAACAGACGGCUGUGAUGAGAUCGCUUACGUGCCCACCAUCUGCCCCAAAGACGAUUGCAGGGUUUUUCUCUCCCAACGCUGCACACGGUAUCCUUCCUUCCCCGCCGUGGAGGACCUCGUCAAAUGA